AUGCGCUCCAAGCCUGCUGCGUCUUCGCUGCAGAAGACGUACGAUGAGUGCUACCUUUCGUGCUCCACUGCCGUCUACUUUGAGGGACAGAACAACGAGGAUGAAGCAUUGAGGGCAUGGCGCUCCGCUCUUGAUACCAUCUCCUACCACAACGCUUACCGGCUCUCGUCGACCUAUACCCCCAAGAACGAAACGGAGAAGGCGCUACAGGAUUCAAUCCGUCAGUUGGAACUCCAAUGCCGAGAGCGAGUCGAUCUCCUAGAGGCCCUACGUGAAAGCAGAAAGGAAUCGCAGGAGAAGGAGAGUUCCACCAUCAGCAGUGCAAGAGACAGGCUCUUUAAAGGGAAAUCAGCGGCCAAGUCACCUACUUCGAAUCCUCCUGGUUGGAUCGGAGACGGAACAGUUCCCGCAGUCGGUUACACGGACUUAUCACGACCGCCGCCUAUUCCUAGACGACCAGGGCCAGUGACUCAGACCAGUUCGGAGUCCUUCGCCAACGACAAUAGUGCCGCGUCUGCGACGAGUUCGCCGGCAAUUCGCAUUCAGUCGCAUUCGUCCGGUAAAUCCCCGUCUCGCAACUCGAGUCCCGAAAAACGCAAGAUCAUGCCUACCACGUUGCGAAAGUCCGAUGGCCACCGGAAGUAUACGAAAGCCAAGGAUGCACUCCGGCGAAAGGAAUUGCGGCCAGCUGCGUCGCAGGCUGCGGGGUUAGCCUGGGGAAGCGUCUAUCGGUCGCCGUCGUCAUCUGGCAAUCUCGCGAGCGACGCUGCAUUAACCUCCUCUCGGAACAGCCUCUCCAGUGACUCUGGUUUCCGCAGGGAUCCUGGUCACUUCAGGUCGAGCUCUGGGGAUGACCGCUCGCCGAGGAAGAUUGCAAAGGAAGAUCUUGAUAGUCGAGAGUCCCCGGUGCGUCCCCGGGCUCCGCGGCGGACUACCAGCAGCACAAUAGCAGCACAGACGUCUACAUUGAACCGCCAUUCUCCUGCCGGCGAGGCUCGGCAACAGUCAGGCAGUCGCGUUGCUGCCCCCACUCAGCCUGUAUUGGACCCCUUUGACGCACGCCAGAGAAGUCCGACUCGACCCUCUGUGAAACCCAAACCCGUUGCACUCAGAGUUCCUGCACCAUCACCGCCCACCCACAACAUCAAUGAAUCGAGAUCUCCGGCUCGGAAAGUAAGGUCGGAGGGUACGAAAUAUGCUUCCGAAAACCCGCAGAGCAAACCCACAUCAAGGUCCCGCAUUAAUGCCUCCCCAUCGGUGAGGCCCGGACCCCGAGCAACAGAUGGGGACCUGAGUCCCGCCGUGAGUCGAAUGGCUAUAUCUGACACCCCCCUUCGGCGUCAGCCGCAACCUGCGCAUACGGUCACGCCACCAUCGAGUGACCAGGAGUCGUCUGGACUAAAAUCGAUUGAUGCAGACGAAGAGGAGGAAGAUGAGGACGAGGAUCGAUCAAUCUCGGAUAUCAUGAAGAAACUGCCCAAGGGUAUCGAUGCAAAUGCUGCGCGGCAGAUCCUCAAUGAUAUCGUCGUCCGCGGGGACGAAGUGCAUUGGGAUGAUAUUGCCGGGCUCGAUCCUGCUAAAAAGGCACUCAAGGAAGCCGUCGUUUAUCCGUUCCUUCGCCCGGAUCUGUUCUCUGGGCUCCGCGAGCCCGCGCGAGGGAUGCUUCUCUUCGGUCCUCCCGGUACCGGCAAGACGAUGCUCGCCCGAGCGGUAGCCACAGAGUCCAAGUCGACCUUCUUCUCCGUCUCCGCCUCGACCCUGACGUCCAAAUGGCACGGUGAAAGCGAGAAGCUCGUCAGGGCGCUGUUCGGGCUUGCCAAAGUGCUGGCCCCGUCCAUCAUCUUCGUCGAUGAGAUCGACUCGCUGCUCUCCGCUCGCUCCUCGGGGACCGAGCACGAAGCGUCGCGGCGAUCCAAAACCGAGUUCCUCAUCCAAUGGUCGGACCUGCAACGCGCAGCAGCCGGACGGGAACCAUCCACCAAGAAAACCGGUGGUGAUGCCAGCCGCGUGCUCGUCCUCGCGGCCACCAACAUGCCCUGGGACAUCGAUGAAGCCGCCCGCCGCCGCUUCGUCCGCAGACAAUACAUUCCUUUACCGGAACACCAUGUCCGCGAACAACAGCUCCGCAAGCUCCUGAGCCAUCAGAACCACGAUCUCAACGAUGAGGAUAUUGAAGUCCUCGUCCAUGUCACAGAGGGUUUCUCCGGCUCCGACAUCACCGCCCUCGCCAAGGACGCCGCCAUGGGCCCCCUCCGCAACCUUGGCGAAGCCCUCCUCCACACCCCCAUGGACCAAAUCCGGCCCAUCCGCUUCCAGGACUUCGAGGCCAGUCUCAAAUCCAUCCGGCCCAGCGUCAGCCGCGACGGUCUCCAGCAGUACGAGGAGUGGGCGCAGAAGUUCGGCGAACGUGGCGGAUAG